AUGGGACAGACAGGGAGCACCAACAGCGAAGGGGAGAUCGGGGUAGCUGAGCUCCAGGACUGGUACAAGAAGUUUGUCACCGAGUGCCCCAGUGGUACACUCUUCUUUCAUGAGUUUAAGCGCUUUUUUGGCGUUUUGGACAACGAGGAGGCAGCCGAGUACAUCGAGAACAUGUUCCGGGCGUUUGACAAGAACGGGGACAACACCAUUGAUUUCCUGGAAUAUGUUGCGGCCCUCAACCUGGUUCUGAGAGGCAACCUGGAACACAAACUGAAGUGGACUUUCAAAGUUUAUGACAAAGACGGGAAUGGAUGCAUUGAUAAGGCAGAGCUGCUGGAGAUUGUGGAGUCUAUCUACAGGUUAAAGAAGGCCUGUCGUAAAGAGUCGGAAGACGGGGCUCCACUCCUGUCUCCGGAGGAAGUCGUAGAUAGAAUAUUUCAGUUAGUGGAUGAGAAUGGAGAUGGCCACCUGUCUUUGGAUGAGUUUAUUGAUGGAGCUCGCAAGGACAAGUGGGUGAUGAAGAUGCUGCAGAUGGAUGUGAAUCCAGGCAGUUGGAUUAAUGAGCAAAGGCGGAAGAGUGCUUUGUUUUAA